GGAGAAACCCUGCGUGGGGAAAGGCAGUGUAAAUCCGACGAUACGAGUGUGGCUUGGUUUUUUUUUGGUCCAAUGAUCGAUGGAGCUCUCCUUUAACUACCCGUAAUUUUAUGGACAUUAACUUUCAGGGUGAAGUCAUGUCCCUUAAACGACCUCUCCUCCAUACUACGCAAUCAUGAUAUUUUUCACAAUAAAGGUUGGUUCGCAAAAAUAUAAAAUUACUAUCCUGUCCUAACUACCCCUUUAUCCUUGUUCGCUAGCAGGUCAUGCGAUUCAAUCUUUCAAGCAUCUCUUCCCGCUCUAUAUCCAAAAGCCCGCUAUAGUAGCCUACGUUGAUAAAGCCUAGCAACAAUCUCCCAACUCAAGAAGAUCAUCGGUUUUCCGGCAUCAAAAAGAAGGAGGAAAAUGAAGGUUGCCUUCAUAAGUGUCAUUCUCCUUCUCCCGACUGCUGCCCUCAGUAUCCCACAGUCAGAUCUAGCCGAAGGCGUGGUUCUUGUGCCUAGAUCUCAUGAACCCGUAUAUUUAGAAAAACGGCGUGGUGGUGGAGGAGGACGAGGGGGAAGCAGUGGUGGUGGAAGUGGUGGGCGAGGAGGUAGUGGCGGUUCUACAUCAAGAACAGGCUCAUCUAGCAACUCCGGCGGCUCUUCUCGCAGUGGGUCAGGGCCACAGCCCACCUAUGGUAGAGGUACUUACUACGCGGGUGGUGCUCGCACUCCCUAUACCUCCGGUGCUCUAUCGCCACUAGGAGUAGCGCCUGUGAUACUCCCAGCAGCUGCUUUGGCAUUCUUCGGCGGUAUCUGGCUGUACGGAGCUUACGCCUAUCCAUAUAACUACCAUUAUCAAUAUGUGGACCAGAUCACACACCAUAACGCAUCGAUGCCGGUAGUCUGCCUGUGCGAAAAAUACGCAGAAUGUGCAUGCGAUGACAAUUCGGAUAGAUCGUAUUACGAAUCUAUUUUCAACGGCACCCAACCUACAAAUUCCAGUGUCGCUAAAAUUGUCAAAGUCAAUGGCACUGAGACCAUUUAUAUCAAUGGUACGUUGCCUAAUGGGACGACUGUUGCGGACGCAUCUACACGUUCUGGCGCUGCUCGGACGGGGAUUCAGAUCAGUGGAUAUUGGUCAAUGGUCGCCUUGGUGGCCUGUACCAUUUGGGGGCUGUGAUGCCGCCGUUGGGCUUGCCCAUUGGGAUAAUAUCUUACAGUCCUCCCAAGAGCGGUUUAUGGUAGCUGCUGUCUUUUUCUUCUUCUUUUGGUGAGUGGGAGAGGGCUCUCAUUCACACAUCUCCUGGCCUUAUUUGUACGAUUGUCAUUCCGGCUCUUUCGAAUUUGGGCCCUAGUGGCUUGGCUUGGCUAUGGUAACGUCUUGCUUUCAUGGAUCUAGAGCCUUGAUAUUGAUACCCACCCUCGGGCGUUGGAUGGGGGCACAUUGAUUGUUCAUAAUGAUACAAACUUUUUUUCAUGAGA